UUUUAAUAAACACGUGGGUUCGUGGAGUUCUUAGCGUCGUUGAACAAUUUUGCAAAAAUAUACUUUAAAAAUUAUUAAAUAAUUAUUAUUAAUUAGUUAAACAGAAGACACAAAAAUGGCAAAAUCGUUGCGAAGCAAAUGGAGGAGGAAGUGCAAAGCAAUUAAACGAGAACGUUAUGGUGCUAAGGAAUUAGCAAGACUUAAGAAAACUCUCGGGAUUGACGAAAAUGCUCCUGCCGAUUCGGACAUGAAAGAAAUUUCGGAAAUUGCGACUGUUGUGGACGCUAAAAUAAUAAAAGAAGCUGCACAAGAAAAAGCAGACGCCGCCGAAAAAUUGGAAGUGAUGGACGAAGAUGGCAAGAGAGUUUUCAGCUCAAAGACAAUGCGCGACCAGCAUGGAAAUUAUCCAAUUUGGAUGAACAGAAGGAAAAUUUUGAAGAACAAAAAAGGAAGGGCAAAGGCCAAAAAAGCCACAGCCAAUAAGACAAAAAGAUUGAGUCGAAAGGAAAAAAAGAAGCUACAGGCAAAAGCUACACAGUUAAAAUAAUUACAAUAUUCAACAAUUAUUCCACGAUAUUCUGUAGAUACUUUUUCGGAUUCGAAAUUAAAAUGAGCAGAGUUUUGUUCAUUAAAUACUUUUGUAUUUUAUUACAAAGUUUAAUGUAAGUAGACUUUAAUUAUUAAAUAUACAUAAAGUAAAUGCAAAAA